GUGGUUGCUCGUUGCUGGCUGCGUGUGCACCGCGCUCCGUGAUGUGUGCAAGUGAAACACCAGUAGAAACCCGGUCAAAUCAGUGAUUGUCGCUUGAAAACGAUCGUACAGUUUGAUUGCACAAAUUGUUAGACAACAACCUCACAGCGUCCAACAGUUCACUCGAAACGGAGUGACCGUUUUGGGCAGAAUAGAAGAAAAGAAGAGAGUUGUUCUUUCCGCGGAGUGUCCGUCGUGUUGGCCAAAAGGUAGCAACAGUAACAGCAUUGCACACAGGUGGCAUGCAAAGACGAGUGGAUCCCGAGUGAAAGGUGCGCAGUAGAAAGCCACACGGCCACGCACCGGGCGAUGCAGAGUCGAGUGGUCGGUACGGUCUGUACGGUCCGCAGCUUUAUCUAAAACCCUUGGCCUGCCUGCUAACGGCACAGCGCGGAACCCGAGCGGGUUCCAAGAGAAAGCGCGUACAUCGCGCGUACCACAGAGCCAUUGUACCCAUUGCUGCACAAUCGAUACGCUAGCAGCGCCGUGUCCGAGUGGCCAAGAUGGAGAGAGCAUUUGGCAGAAUGAAACGAGAACUUUUCUUCUUCUGCUGUACAACUUCCACCGUUCGGUGGCUUCUCCGGUCCUCAGCAUUGCUCAGGCUGACACUGUUCGCAGCGAUCGUAGCAACCGUCGUCAGCCAAAAACCAGAAGAUGGUCCGUAUCGGGGGAAGUACAUUGGAAAGUUCAAUUCGUACCACCAUCAAGCUUCCGGCGAUGUGUACGCAGUCGACGAGUACACGUUCCUGCUCACCGGCUUCAACUACGACGGUAACGGUGUAGAUACAUUCUUCUGGUCCGGUGCCAGCAAUCGACCCGGACCGCAAGGCUUCAUCGUGCCCGACGAGUACGGCAAAACGAACAUCCUCGAACGGUACUUUAACAAAGACUUCACCCUGCGGCUACCGGACAACAAGAAGAUCACGGAAGUGAAGUGGCUCGCCGUGUACGAUCUGAACUCGCAGAACAACUUCGCCGACGUGUACAUCCCGGAGGACUUUGAGCCACCGGUGCCGCAGCGGGCCGGCAGUCUGUCCACCGUCGCCGGUGGUCCGGUCGUAUCGAGCGAAACGAUCGACAUUCUCGACUCGAAAACGCUGCGCAUCAGCGAGUUCAGCUACGAUGGCAAGGGUUCGCAGGUGCACUUUUGGGUCGGCGUUGGCCCUUCGCCCUCCUCCAAGGGGAGCAAGGUGCCGGAUGAGCUGGGCUACCUCGAUCCGAUCCGGGCGUACGAUCGUGAAACGAUCACACUCGAGCUCCCGGGCGAUAUGACGAUCUUCGACAUCGAUUGGUUCAGCGUGUACGAUGUGGAGACACGGCGUGACUACGGUUCGAUACUCAUCUCGGACGAUCUCAAUGUACCACCGUCGCUGGUGCGCGUCACGCCGCACACGGAAUCGCUCCCGAACUGUCGUCAGCUGCACAAGAACCUUCGGGUCUCGUGGGAGGUAUUUGGUCCACAGAUUACGAUCCAGCUGGCCGGAAACGUCCGGUUGGAUGAGUACAUGUCGUUUGGGUUGAGUGGAUCGGACCAACGGAGCCAGAUGCUAGGGGCCGAUGUGGUCGUAGCGUUCAUCGAUGGACACCGAGGUUACGCGGUGGACUAUAACAUCACUUCGCUCGCACCGUGCGUCCAGGUGCUUGGGCAGAACAAGGGCGUAUGCCGGGAUGAUGUGGUCGGUGGUUUGGAUAGCUACCAGCUGCACACGUUCAGUCGCGAGAACGACAUCAACACGAUCACCUUCCGCCGGUUGCUCAUAUCGUCCGAUCCGGGCGACAAGGAGUAUCUGCUCGAUCGGCCAAUGUACGUCAUAUGGGCCAUGGGUCGGCUGGAUUCGAACAAUGAACCGACGUACCACGAUGUGUACCCGAAACGGAACGUCCAGAUGCACUUCAACACCACGGAACCGGUGAACGAUUGCUUUAGCUUCACGAGCCGCGAAAUGAAUCUGAAGGACGUGUGGGAGCGGCAGCAGAUCUUUGACCGCUCGGUUCGAUCGUUCACCGCCACACUGGGGCCGGCCGGUGGUAAGCGUGGCUACCAGGGCAUCACCGGGCACGUCUCGAACGGGCUCGCCUGGUACAUCAACGGAUUUCUGGUGCCGGAACUGUGGUUACGCCGUGGCCUUACCUACUCGUUCGCCGUGCGCGGCGGUAACAAUCCGCACUCGCCCGAGUUCUACCAUCCGCUCGUGAUCACCGAUGAACCGCACGGUGGGUUCGAUCGGUUGUCGGAUGCGAAGCAAAGCGAAAUUCGGGUGCUGGCCGGUGUCGAGUUUACGCGCCGUGGUCGACCGAAACCGACGGCCGCUGGUCCGCUCUGUCUGGCACGGCACCCGGAAGGGCAGGAUCGUCGGUUGGAUGAUAAUUUUGCGACGUUCAAAAAGUUUAACCGCACACUGCGGUGGAGCUGCGAUUCCGGUGAUCCGGCACGGCUCGAGAUUACGCCCAACACCAGCUGGCCAGAUGUGGUGUACUACAACAGCUUCACGCACGCAAAUAUGGGCUGGAAGAUCCAUAUCGUCGACAGUUAUGCGCAGUCGGCGCGUAGCGACGGUGUUGCUGUGGUGCUGCGAUUCACUGCCACCAGCGCACUGCUGCUACUGAUGGCGAUCGUUAGUAGUUGUUGGCUUUCGGCGGGCUAGAUAACGGUGACCAGGGGAGAUGAAAAUAAA